UAACAUUAUUUUAGUUAUAAUACAUAAUAAUACAUAUUAUUCUUUGUUAUACAGAGGUGUAGUAUCAGCCUGUGAUCUAUAGGGCCUAGAAGGCAAAUUUUUCAAGGCUCUUUCAAAAAUACUUUUUUACCAGUUUUGUUUUGCCGCCUUUCGAUUAAAAUUAAUGGAGUUGAACGAAUAAAUGUUAUAUUCUCAGUACACCCUCACUCUGUUAGACGACUCCUUGAAGACUAGCAAUCUAAGCCAUUGAAUGUGUUAUUAAAUCGGUAAACCAUGUUUUAAUUGGAGAAAAAUGUAUUGGCAGUAUUAAUGGAACAUGUGCGUCUGCCAUUAUUAACAUCAACACCCGAUGUAUAUUAAAUAACGUGGUUGAAGAAACACUUCUGAAAAAUAAUUCUAAAUAAGUCAGUUAAGAAUUUCGCCAUUCCAAAUACGAUUCAGUGUAGAGGUUUUUGAUGUCACUGUUCAAAAAUUGGUAACUAGUAUGACUAGAGAAGUGAUAUGCGUGUGGGAAUACUGAAUAAUUGUUUAAAUGAGAAUAUAACUGUAACAAUGGAUUUAAGUGAUGAUGAAGAAUUUUAUGAUUCUGAUCAGAGUGAUGAACAAAGCUUACAUACUAUACUCAGUAAAACUCUCUACGACAAAGACUAUGAGUAUGAAGAAUACGGAGAUCAAAUUGCUGGCGAUGAAGAAGCAUUAGGUAGUGUGCAAGAGGAAGUACUAGGUCCAGUGUAUAAUGAGAUUGAUCCAGAUUUAACACCUGCUAAAAAAUUAAAAGAUACUGAAGAGGUAGAUUUAACACCAGAAGUUAUAGACGAGUCUGAAAACAAACAUAUUUUUGAUGGACUUAAUGAUGAUAAUUUUGAACCAAUAAAAAAAAAACAAAAAACAAGCAAUGAAGAUAGUAGUAAUGCAAAUCCUCAUAAAACUAUUACUAUGCUUAUACCUCGAUUAAUUCAGUGUAACAAAAUUAGUAAACCUAUUGAAGUUCAAAACAUUGUAUGUGGUGCAAAUAUGGGAUGUCCUUUGGACUUGGUAAAAAUUGUCAUGUGGACUAAUAACUCGGAAUAUAAUCCACUGCGAUUUAAUGGACUAAUUAUGCGUCUUCAUACGCCUAAAGUUACCAGCCUAUUAUUUUCAUCAGGUAAAAUUAUCAUGCAAGGAGCUAAGGAUGACCGAACUGGAAAUUUAGGAUGUCGAAAAGUAGCAAAAAUUUUAGAACGACUUGGACACAAUGUAAAUUUUUUUGAUUAUACAGUGCAUAACAUUGUAUGCACAUGGAGUGUUGGUUUCCCAAUAAUGUUGGAAGAAUUAUAUACUGCUCACUUACAAUUUACCAGCUUUGAGCCUGAAGUAUUUCCUGCGUUAAUUUAUCGAAUGGUCAAACCUCGAGCAGUGUUUUUAAUUUUUGUAAAUGGAAAAGUAGUUUUAACAGGUCUUAAAACAAAAUCAGAUAUCAAAGAAUCUGUCUUUUUGAUGCAAGAUGUAUUAAACAAUUUCAAAAAAACUUGAAACAAAAUAUCAAAUUUAAGUUAGCCUUUUAAUUAUUGAAAUAUGCACAUUCAGAACGGGAGCUAGUAUGGACAAUUUUAUAAACGGAUCCACAAAAUGCAUUCCUGUGAAGAUGUUGGAAGACCUGCAACAAAUUAAAAUUGAAAUAAAACUAUGCGAAAAAAAAAUUUACAUACAAAUUUAAAUAAAGAUUAUUAAUACG